UGAAAAUGAAUACUGCAUUAUUUUAGAAUGAGUACCACGCUAAUUAUAUUUGUGCGAGAAUGAAACUACUCUAUUUCAGAAUGAGUACUACCUGGAUGUACGGUACAUCAUGUUGUACCAUAUACCUUCUCCUCUCCCAAUUGCAAUGUUAUUAAACAGUUUAUGGAGGAUGAUUUAUGUAUGGAACAGUUAUCGUUUUAGCCCAGCUAAAAUGAUAAACUAGUCUAAAAAAUACACCAAAAUAUAAACACGGGAAUUUUUACGUGGAAACCCAAAUCAGGAGAAACCACAGGCCUUUUUUGGCGGUACCUAGCCAAAGGGAGAUUUUUAUUGAUAUUGGGGGUGUGUACAUGGUACAAGAAUCGGGCUCGGAAGCCAUUAAUGGAAGCUUAAAAGCAUAUUGAAGAACAGAAACUAUAAAAAUCUAGGGAGAGAGUAUUGUGGGCAGGAAAGGAGUGUAUUGAGAGAGCCCCCCUAACAUUGAGGGGGAGCCCUCCUUUUAUAUGGAAAGAGGAGAAGCAUAUUCGGGGAAUAUUCUCUUAUUCCUCCAUUUUAUUAAACAGGUCCGGUUUGACUGUUCUUUGUAAAUAAUUGGGAAAUGUGAGCCGAGCAAUGUAUUAUUUCGCAUCAAGAAGUCCUCCACUUUUUUAAGUUGUGAGAAUCAUCAACUUAAAAAAGUAAAUAAGUCAUCCGAGUGUGAUCUUCAGUCUUCGUACUUUGAAUUCUUGACCGGUAGAUAUUAUUGCUAGUCCUCCGAGUCUUCAUUAAUUCUCUAAUUUCUUGAAUCAGAAGUUUUUCCUGCAAAAAAUAAUUCGUACAACAUUUUUUUUGACCGGCCUAUGCCGUGCUCAAAAAAUUACUUCCUCCGUCCCACUAUAUUUGUCCACUUUUAUUUUUGCACACCAUCCAAUACACUUCUUUAAUCCAUUUUAUCUUGUAAUUUGUAUAUUAAAAAAUUAUAGAAAUUAUAUAUUAAUAAUCUAUAUGUUAAGACAAAUCAAACAAGAUCACGCAUGACUAUAUUUAGGCUUACACAUUAAGAGAAUUUGAUGAGUCAAAGUGCUUAGAUAAACAGUUCCAAAAAUCAAAAGUGGACGAAUAUAGCAGGACGGAGGGAGUAUUAUUUUUACCGAGGAGCUCGGUGUUAGGUGAUUGAAAUUCGCGCGAAUAAUUAUCGUAACGAGAGCAAUGUCAGUUCGAUAAAGCAACGAUGCUUCGAAAAGUUAUAUCGUCGAGGUCGGUGUUAAUACGAGUCAAGCAAAUGAUGUGUGACGAAAUUAGUAUACCGAUGACAACGACCUUAGUUAAUAAGAAUUGAAUCCGAUGCAGUAGCUUUGUUGAAGAUCAAUGUUAGCCCGGCUGACUGAUGUAAAUAUCUUCAUGUCUCGCGGAGACCAUCUUCGAUCAAAGUGCCUCAGACUGAGGGCUUAAAUGAAUCGGGCGUCCCCGAUAUGAGCUUUGCUCACUUUUUUGCUGAAACCGAUGUGCAAUCGGUGUACCCAAUUCGACUGGGCUCAGGCUUAUUGGAAAAUAUGUGUAAGACUGGUGUGAGACCAGUGUACCAGUUCGACUGGGUGACAUAUUUUCUUUAUUAUACUGAGCAAAACCGGUGUAGUAACCAGCGUGCCAGGCCAGACCUGUGUCUCAGUCUUCCAAUAAGAUAAUGCUGCUGGCCGGGCCAGAUCAACAUUGGAGAAUUAACCAUGUCGGAUGGUUUCAAGCCCUCUCCAAGGCCCAAAAUGCACCCUUCUUCCAGAGCCCCCUAUUCCGGGUGAUUAAGUUUUUUAAUGACCAUUUGAUAUUUACUAUCCCGGGAAGGCUUUAGCUCACCCCCCGUUCAAGUCUUCCCUGAGAAGGGGGAAAAAUAGGAUGCGCCACGGUGGACGAUCCCCUUCUAUUUCUUUUAAUGGGCAUCUUUUAGUCCCCAAUCAAUUUGACGGCACUGGCUGAUUCCCCGAUACCGGUCAAACCUCAUGGGCCCGUGUAAGUACGGUUCGAACCUUCUUCCAGGUCCAGCCCUCUUGCAGGCAUACCCUCUUCCGGGCUUAUUAUUUUUUUAUUUUAUACUGAGCAAGACCGGUAUAGUAACCGGCGUGCCAGGUCCGGGCCUGUGUCCCAGUCUUCCUUUCCAAAAUUUGCUGAAGGGUGUAGCUAUGGGAAUUUGCUUAAUUCCCUCUCGCCGAACAAGGGGUGGAGUUUUGCCACUUGGAAUUUUUUCCAUUCUUGCAAUCAUGGAGGAACAUUUUUUUUGCAGGGCCAUUUCUCCACUGUCAAAGGGAGUCCCACGUGAAGCCAUCUCCCCCACUAAAAAAUUCUCCCCACUCCACUAUCUUUGUGGGACCAAUUUUCCACUAUCAACGUGAAACCAUCUUCCCAACUUUGUGCUUUUUGGCUUUGUGCAUAUGUCUCUAAUUGGAAAGUGAAUGCCAUAUAUGGUGGCCCACCAAUUUGUAUAUUUGGUGGAUUUUUUCCAAUCUCUUUGAUUCUUUUGCUCCAUCCUUCCAAUGUGGCUUUCCCUUCAAAAUAGGCAUAAUACACCGUAUUUUUGUGGAUGGGCCCAAAGGCCCCAAACUGCACAAUUUCUACAACAUCUUUUCUUGCACUCCAAAAUUUGAAACAUUAUCUUGAGUGGGGUAUGGCCAGAUACUGCCUUCUGCUUUCUUGGUGGUUUACGAGGGUGAGGGACUCCAUGACAGCCACGAAUUCCAAUGGUUAUGGCAGCAGUACUUAGUGGUGAACUUGGCCCUCCGACGAUGUAGUGGAUCCCACCGCAAUCAUGGCAGCCGGAAAUAUAAACACCACCAAGCAACAACCGGCGCCUCCACCUAGAAGGAAGUAAACUUGGUUGCAGUAGUGAUGGGCGAAUCUUUGCACUAUCAAUCGAGGGUUUCAAAAUUGAGAUCGGUGAUAGCGGAGGUCAAUAGUAGUCUCUACAAGCAUAGCCCGUUUGCCUCGAGCGAAGUGGCGGCAAUGAAUUGCUUCCAUCACAGGGGUGGACCUCCAUAAUGGAUUCAUGGCAGGGGUAGAGUGGCGGGGAUGACGACAGAUCUUUGUAGCAGCAUCGGUGAUUUACUUCGUCGGCGGCGAUGAUUGGCUUCUAUCGGGGUUUGAUUUUUCCCGGCGUGGUGGCUCACGGCUUUGGCCGCAGCGGGACCAAAAAACAGCCAUGUGGUGAUGGAGGCGCACAAGUGUCGGCAGUGGCAUAGAUGACGACAAAUCUUUGCAGCGGUGUCGGCAGGUCUGAG